CUAACGAUGCUUUCGGGAAACGGGGCCCUGGUCUACUUCUAUGAUGUGGAAGCCAGUGUUCAUAUCAACUCUGCUACUGGCUGCAACUUUAGUGAGCCUCUCUAUCCAUUCCUCUCUCCAUGUUUCUAUAAUUAUCGAGGCAUAAACCCUGCCCCUUGAUCAUCUCACCAGUCAAUCAAACAGACUAGGACCUUUGUUUGAUAAUAAAAUAAUCAAACGAACAAAACAAUUAAUGAUGUUUUCUGAAUGGCAAUUUUUAUGUGAGAUCUGAUAGAACUACAUAAAUGUUGUACUGCUGUCAUUUAACAAGGAUGAAUUCAUUAAGAAAAUAACCUUACUAUUAUAAAAUAUAGCCCAUGGAAAUUAUACUAUAUUUUAUAUGUUUUCUCUGGUUAUUUUUUUGGGGGGUUAUUGCUAUAAUAUUGUAAAUAGAUGCAGUUAUAACAUUUCAGGAAGAUACUAUUGUUUAUGAUAAUAAUCUUUACAUUACUAUUAGUUUAUAUUUUGGAAUCAUGAAUGACAAUGCAAUUAAUCUUUGGACACUUUUCUGGUUUCAAUAAAAAUGCUAAAAUUUGAAUCUUUACAUUCUUAGUGGAAUAGAUAUUUUCAGGGGAGUAGGUACAUUACGUUUGUAAACACAGGUUCCAUUUGUUUGGUCAAAUAAUUGAAAAACUUAAACUUGGGUGGUCCAGAUUUUAAAGAAAACACACAUAGACGCAGACACACACUCACACACCUAACUAUUACAGCCGUAUCAAAGAGAGAGGUGGGUGUAAAAACGUCCUUGUAAAAAAUAAAGUCUGGACCAAUGAGGUCCAGAUUUAGUGGGAUACUGGAGGGUCCAAGAAGAGGGGGUCUCGUCAAGGGUGGAUCAAAGCCUCCAGUUAAAGUGUCUGAAAAGGGACAUCUUGUUGUUGGAGGGAGGACCGAUGGAAAUACUGCUAGUACCAUCACAUUUUGGCAGCUUUUAAAGUGAGGCUAUACUGCAUAUGCACUGGGCAGAACUGGUCACAUCCUGUUAUGCCUCUGUAGCUGCAGACACUGACGGAUGCUCAUCCUCACCGCUGCCUGAGGAAUGUCUCAAUCCUGAUUGGAGGGCCUACAACACAAUGACAAGAGGUCAGGAUGACAAAAAGCUACCAAUUAGAAUCAGAUAAUUAUCCUUUGUAUCCUUUGAUUAAUGAUUUUGUUAUACUUUUGUGAAGGUUCAAUUAAAGUAUAAAGAUGGUUAGAACGGUUCUAGCCAGGUUAAACUGACAUUAGUUCAUCGUUUCAGAGGAUAGUUACUUUAGAGUCUGAGCUUUGUGACAGAAUCCCAAUAUUGAAGAUUUGAUGUUAAGGAAGGCCUCAAUGUGCAGUUACUGCAGCGUGCUCAUUGCUGACCCUGUCAGACUAAUCAGGUUGGCUGACGGGACAGUCCCUUUUCUCAUGUCUAGGUUUCUUCACACGGAAGAAACCCUUUAAGUCUUUAGACCUCUUUGUUUCAACAGGUAUUUUCUCUUCCUCAAAGGUACCGGAAUAGCGAAAUCAGACCCUAAAGAAGAAAGUACAACCUCUUUCAGUUAGUAAGUUAGCCUAUCUUUAGGUCUACAUUAGAACUGACAAUAUUUUUGUUUUAUUGCAUACAUAAAUCUAUUUUUGGACCUGAAUUCACUUCCUUAAUGCAGAACUGAUAACGUGACAUUGUGUCAGGUCAUUAUAGAGCUGACCCCUUCAAGACCUACAGCAGGCUUAAGGCUAUUGUUAGCCAGAAUCAUGAGGCAUUUCUAGGUGGAUGUUAGCUACACAGUGUUUUACUGGUAGUAGAUUAUAUUGGUUGCUAGAAGUGUGUGGUAAAAGUACGAUAGCUUCAGUAACGGGUACUAGAGUUAACUGCUGCAUGGUUACGAAUGUUUGUCGUCUCUGAUAGGGCCGUCGGUCAAGUUUGUCUGCCCUAGUCAAAUGACUCGGGUUCAUUAUGUUUUAUGAGGUUAAAGUCUAGGAGAUAAGCCUUAUACAACCACCGUCGUUAACGCAAUAUUAAAUCAUAAACCAUAAUAGGAAAUAUAACCUGGGCAAACAGGGAGAGGGUGUUUUUUAUAAAGACUUCGGAGAAUAUACCAGCCUCAGGCUACAUCAAGUCAACUGUAUUUGCUAGUUAGUCAUGAAUCAUCACUAACACAAACAUUUCUUUUUUUCUCAGGCUCUCUGUGAACAAACAGCAAAUUUGAAGUAGCAAACAGUUCAUGAAUGCGCACAAAGGCGCCAGUUGUUAGUGAACUGUGUGUCCGUUGGGGCGGAGUCAGGUGUUAGGGGAGGAGUCAGGUGUUAGGGGAGGAGAGCAGAGGAGAGGACGUCUUGUUAAGGAAACAAAACUUAGGGUAGAAUAUACACUACAGCUACCCGAUGUAGAAGCAGUUCUCUCUUUCAGGAGACAAAUAAAUUGCAUUUUGGAACAAAUUAAGAAACUACGAGAAGGUGAGUAAAACAAUUUUUAGAAAAGUUAAAACCUCUCUCUUCAUUACGGAACUAAAAGUAAUCCAAUUCCUCAAUGCUAAUACCUUGUCGUCUGUGUCUAGGAAUGGCCUAUGCUAACACUUCCUGGUCUGAGGAGAACUUUUCAUGUCCCAUCUGUCUGGAUGUGUUCAACAGCCCAGUUACCACACCAUGUGGACACAACUUCUGCAGAACCUGUAUUACAAAGUUCUGGGAUGAACAAGUCCGGUACAAAUGUCCUGUUUGCAACGAGCUUUUUCGUACUAGACCUGAUCUACGGGUGAAUAUUCUCUUAGUAGAGAUGGUUGAUCGGUUUGGUGUACGAGUAAAAGAGCAGCCUUGUGUUGAACCAGGAGAAGUUCCGUGUGACCUCUGUACUGGGACCCAGCUGAAGGCCGUAAAGUCCUGCAUAGUGUGUUUCACCUCUUACUGCCAAACCCACCUGGAGCCACAUCAGAGAGUAGCAGGCCUGAAGAAACAUCGGCUGGUCCAGCCUAUGGACCGUCUGGAAGACAGGAUGUGUAAGAAACACAAUCAAUUACUGGAGCUCUUCUGCAAGACUGAACAGGUGUGUGUGUGUCAGUUCUGCACAGAGGGUGACCACAGGUCCCACCCUGUUGUACCUCUAAAGGAGGAAUAUGAAGUGAAGACAGUCCAGCUGGGGAAGAUAGAGGCUGAAGUUCCGCAGAUGAUCCAGGAGAGAAAACUAAAGAUAAAGAAGAUCAAAGACACAGUAGACAUGAGCAAGAAAGACGCGGACAGAGAGAUAGCCGAUGGUGGGCAGGUCUUCACUGCUAUGAUAGGCUGUGUUGAAAAGUGCCGGGAUGAUUUCAACCAAACGGUUAAUGAGAACCUGAAAUCCACAGAGAAACAAGCUGAAGACCUCAUCAAAGAGCUGGAGCAGGAAAUAGAAGAUCUGACCAAUAGAAGCUCAGAGGUGAAGCAGCUCUCAGACACUAAAGACCAUCUCCACUUCCUCCAGGCCUUCAGAUCCCUGAAGGAUCCUCCAACCACCAGGGCCUGGAAGACGGUGGAGGUUCGUCCUCCGUCAUACGUAGGGACCUUGAGGAGAUCCCUGGAUCAGUUGGAGAAGACACUGAACAUGGAGAUGAAGAAGCGUGUGACUCUGGAUCCUGAUACCGCUCAUCCCAAGCUCCUCCUCUCUGAGGAUGGGAAAUCAGUAAAUCAUGGAGGUGUAAUGAAGAAACUCCCAAACAACAUGAAGUUGAAGAAGCUGCCUGACCUGAAACCAGGUGUUAAGAGGUAUGCUUGUGAACUCACACUGGACCCGAACACAGCCCACAGACAUCUCUCUCUGUCUAAGGACAACAGAAGGGUGAUGCAGCUUGGAAUAACACAGAGGUAUCCUGACCACCCACAAAGAUUUGACUACCAUAGACAGGUGUUGUGUAGAGAGGGAAUGACUGGCCGCUGUUACUGGGAGGUAGAGUGGGAAGGAGUGGUGGCUAUAGGAGUGACAUACAGACGAAUGCAUAGGAGAGGAAUGUACGCUGACAGUCAGCUUGGAUGGAAUAUACAUUCGUGGUGUCUUCAUUGUGAUGAUGGUUAUGAUGAUUGUUUUGGUGGAGAUAAUUGCUCUGCCUGGUACAACGGUAGUGUCACAGUAUUGCCUCCCCCCCCCUAUCACUUUAACAGGAUAGGAGUGUAUCUGCACCAAUCUGCUGGCAUUCUGUCCUUCUACGGUGUGUCCCCAGAUGUAGGAGGGUCCUCAGCAAAACGGACACACAUCCACACCUUCCAUUCCACAUUCACUCACGACCUCUACCCUGGGUUUCUGUUAUGUGAUUCUCGUUCCAAAGUGUCGUUGUGUCAGUUAUAGUCUCUCUCUCUCACUCCCUCCCUCAUUUAGUGCAUGGCAGGAUGGUCUCUACAGAGUGAGGGACUGUUGUAUCAUUUGUGUGGUAAAAAUCUAUAGUCAUGUUGUGUGGCUCUAUGGAGGGUAUUUGUGGCCAGCCAGCGAUCGCGAGGCAGCAUUUCUAUUUGGUCACAAUGACAGAGUUGACCAAAUCACACCGAAGCACUGUACAGUCCAAAACAUGGGUGGAGUGAUAAAUGUAUACUAUUUUUGAAACAAAGAAAAAAGUAAAAAGCCAGAUGGGGGUUGAGGGAAAAGGGGUCUUCUCUGAGAUCUACAGGUUGAAGAACUGGAUGAUGAGGAUGAAGGUGAAGAUAAAGGUGAAAAGGAAAUCUGCAUUCUAGUUAAUUCUUAUGGCCGUGAAUAACCAUUCAAGAAGCAGACAGAAAAUAGGUUUGAAAAAUAAUGUGUAUUCCUCAAAAAAAUAUAUAAAUGUAUCCACAAAAAGCAUUGUAGCAUUGUAACCUGAUAGCAGGGCUGCUCUCUGCCUAUUCAUGGUGAUGACAUGAUUUUUAUUUCUUGUUAAAAUCCUGUAUAUAAUUUAAUUUU